AUGAGGAGUCUUUUGUGUCUCAGAUUCUUUUUCCCAGUGAGGACAACUGGUUCAGUUGUGAAUAUAAGCAUCGAGAUGGCCUCGAUUCUUAAUCAAACACAGGAGCACAUAGAAGCUUCUAAGGUUACUGGGCAUGUAAGAUGUGAAAGCUUCUUUAUAUUCCCCGGAGAAAGUGGUUUUUCAGAUGCUUGGAGGGGUGUUUUCUAUUUUCUCUGUCUCGCCUACUGCUUCAUCGGCUUGUCAGCGAUCACUGCUCGCUUCUUCAAGUCUAUGGAGAACGUCGUGAAACAUUCGCGGAAAGUGGUUUCAGUCGAUCCAGUCACUAGAGCUGAAGUCAUCACGUACAGGAAAGUUUGGAACUUUACUAUUGCAGACAUCAGUUUGUUGGCCUUUGGAACUAGCUUCCCUCAGAUCUCUUUGGCUACCAUUGAUGCUAUCCGGAAUAUUGGGCAGAAGUAUGCUGGAGGUCUUGGUCCUGGAACACUUGUUGGCUCAGCUGCGUUUGAUCUUUUCCCAAUCCAUGCUCUUUGUGUUCUGAUGCCAAAAGCUGGAGAACUGAAAAAGAUAUCCGACUUGGGGGUUUGGCUAGUUGAGCUUGUUUGGUCCUUUUGGGCUUACAUUUGGCUGUACAUAAUCCUUGAGGUGUGGUCACCAAAUGUAAUUACACUUGUGGAGGCAUUGUUGACAGUUUUGCAGUACGGAUUACUUCUAGUUCAUGCGUAUGCGCAAGACAAGCGAUGGCCUUACUUGUCCUUACCAAUGUCAAGAGGUGAUAGGCCAGAGGAGUGGGUACCAGAUGAGAUUGAUCCAUCCAAAGAUGACAAUGAUGUUCAUGACGUGUAUUCGGAUCCUGCUCAAGAAUCUGUUGAAUCCGGAAACAGAAACAUUGUUGAUAUCUUCUCCAUUCAUUCAGCUACUAAUGAUUCAGGGAUCACCUAUCAUACAGUGGCAGAUACUCCACCAGGAUCUGCUACUAAGAGGGGUAAGGCCAAGAAUUCUACUGUUUUCGACAUUUGGAAACAUCAGUUCGUGGAUGCAGUAACGUUGGAAUCAUCAGAGUCAAAGAAAGUUGAUAGCAUUUAUCUUCGAGUCUUGAAAUGCUUGUGGCAAUUGCUCCUAGCCCCAUGGAAAAUUCUGUUUGCGUUUGUGCCUCCAUGCAACAUUGCUCACGGUUGGAUCGCAUUCAUCUGCUCUCUAAUCUUCAUCAGUGGAGUUGCCUUUGUCGUCACCAGACUCACCGACCUUAUAAGCUGUGUCACUGGAAUAAACCCAUAUGUGAUAGCAUUCACAGCGCUCGCGGCAGGAACUUCAUGGCCAGAUUUGGUAGCAAGUAAAAUCGCAGCAGAAAGACAACUCACUGCAGAUUCAGCCAUAGCAAACAUCACCUGCAGUAACUCGGUGAACAUUUAUGUGGGGAUCGGAGUUCCGUGGCUGAUAAACACAGUAUACAACUACUUCGCAUACAGAGAGCCUUUAUACAUAGAAAACGCGAAAGGGCUAAGCUUUUCGCUGCUUAUAUUCUUUGCGACGUCGGUGGGAUGUAUAGUGGUGCUUGUGUUGAGACGGUUGAUCCUAGGAGCUGAGCUUGGAGGUCCAAGGCUAUGGGCUUGGCUUACUUCUAUCUAUUUCAUGAUGCUUUGGGUGGUCUUCGUUGUUCUCUCUUCUUUGAAAGUUUCAAACAUCAUAUAG